UUGAGAAAUUGAAGCCUUAGCCCAGCUAUUAGUUAGAGCUACAAUUAUAGAGAACAGCGCUAAAUAAAUCUCGUAUAAUCCUAUUGUGCUGUGUUCAUUUAAUAAUCAAUUUUCAUUCUGAGCAUAACUGAAAAUUAAUUACUCUAAACCCCUUCAGGCGGAGGAACAAAGAGCCGAUAAGAGGUCACACUUAGCCAACCAUUAGCUUCCUGACUCUCCUAAUUACCUUCGCCAGUUUUCCUGUAGUUAGUGAUAUUGGUUAUUGAACGGCCGCCUCCGCCUGGUUUUAGUAAUUGACCAGAACCGCUGUCGCUAGUUACGUUUGUUUUCUGUGGAAAUUCAGUGAAGCAGAGUCAUACUUGGUCGUUUGACGCAAGUUUCUAAGUACAUUUAACAUAUAAUUUCACAAACAAUACGUUAAACUGGGAUAUAUGAGUCAUCCGCGAUCGUUCCCAUAGCAAGAUCGUGUUUGGUGUUUGCCUUUGCCUAUCCUUUUCGGAUACUGAGUUUGCUGCAAGCGUAGCGAGAGGGACAGUUAAGAUGAGGAACACGGAAGAAAUUCAAAACCGAGCGUUACGCAACAGACCUACUGAGGAACAUACCAAGGAAUUGCUUGAAAUAAUACGAAAGCGUGCAGAAGAAGAUGUCAGUGAUUCCAAUGUUCAUUUUGACGAAGUGUUACUGAGAAAGGCUUCGGUAACUCGACCGAACGACCCCUUGCCUUCAAUACGUGUUGAUCCGAGCAGCAGUCCAAAGAGCCAAAGCUGCCCUGCAGAACUGGAAAACCCUGAAAAGACUGAUGAUCCCACUGGUCCUAGAUAUCGCUGGAGAUCUUUAAGCGACGCACCUUUGCUUGAACUUAGAAAUCGUUCUCCGCGCGAUCGCCGAGAGUCAUCGCCAAGUGCUAGAAGUGACUCAUCAAAGAAAGGUCCUCGAGCUCCCCGGCUGUCGACGAAUCUCCCUCCUUUAGAGCUGGAAAGGCAGCGUUUUGAAAGGCCGAAUUGUAUUCCAUCGCUUCAUCGCAAUGGCAUAUCACCAAAGGAAGAUAUUAAUAUGAACAUAAUUUACGACAACGAAGAAUUUUUGGCGGAACAUGAUGGUAUUAACGCGAAUUAACCAUCGCAAAGAUUGUACAUAAUGUCAAAUCUCUAAUCAGAGGACUUAUGUAAACAGUCGAAGUAAUCUCAUUCUGAGGAGGAAGAGAUUUCCUGCGCAACACAACGGGUCUGAAAUCGGUCCAGCUGACGGUAGUCUUUUAUUAGUCUCUCGUUUGGAGAACUUUGUAUAGAUUUCGCGUCAGUUCUUAAGUUGUUUAGGAUUGUCAACAACUUGGAAAAGGUUGUACAGCACUUGCAUUGACGAAGCAAUGGCUCUCUCAAACAGGGCUAUUUGUACAUCGUUUGCAAGACUUGUUAGGUGUAAAAAUAUGUACUUAUUGAUAACAUGCAAGAUCAUGAUUAUUCGCUCCAUAAUUAUCAGACAGUUAAAGAUGUUGAUGGUAAAAAAAGGCAUGCAUUUGCAGAAGUUAUACAAUGUUCUGGAAGUUAUUUCGCGCCGUGGGGGUAAAUAACUUGAAGCUGUGUUAUACUGUAAAUUGACAACGCGAGCAGUGACUCUCACAGAAACGCGUGCUUUGUGCUGCAUUGUUGACUAGACUCAGUUGUGAGGUGCAAAAAUUUACACAACGAAACUGUUAAUCAUACAUUAAUAAGACCAUACUGUUCACAUAAACGGUUUAUGCAGGUUAAAAUCAAACAAAGAGACACAUAAUAAACAAAACUUUCAAAAAGCUCUGUAACUUCUAAAAGAAAAUGAAAAUUGGAGAUUUAGCAUAUUUUAACUUGUCAACAGGAGCUGAACAAUAACUUCUGUAAUUAUCGCCAACGAAAUGUACCCUCGAUAACUUGGAUCUCACUAAAAAUGACCACAGACUGUAAACUUAAUUAUAUUUAAGAGUUUUCGUCCAUAAGGUUUUUUCGUUCAGGAAAGGAGAGCUCACUGCAAAAACUUUCCACAGGUAAACUUUAUUGAUAUCGAGAAACGAAAUGUUCCUUUGUUUUCUUAAAACGUCAAUAUUGUAAACAAUGAAUAGGCCUUUGUUAAAGACAAAUGAACAGCUCAUUGUUACGGAUGCCUGAGUAAGAAUCCUACCACAUUUGAAAAGAUAUCACUUUUUGUUGCAUUCAUGGUGUAGUUGGAGGUCAAUACAUAGGGAUGAACAUGGAAUAUUUACUUUCAAGCUGCGAAUUGUCCAGAGUUGAUUUAACGCGGCAUUUGAACAGAAACUAUUUCCUUAGCAUGUAAAAUACAAUUCUUUAUUACAAAAACAAA